ACCCAUCACUAAUGAAGAAACAAUCUUCAGAUGCAGCUGCACCUGUCUGCAUAUCCUGCAGCAGUUCUGUGAGCUCGACAAGCUGUGUUGUGCAGAAUGCAGAAGUGAGGAGGAGCUACACAGUUUAUCAUCAGUGUGUGUGUCGUCUUUGUGAUGCUCGUGUUAGUGUGAGUUAAAGCCCACCCACCCAUACAAACUAAACAACGCAUUCAGGACCACCGAAGGUAGACCAAAGUAUCCCACCGGAGCACAUCUCCUCAAAAACAUGACAGAGGAAGGCAUAAUGCUGGAUGAGGUGGUUCUGAACGCACAGCCGUCCACAGACAAAGAGGAGACAAUGCCAUGUUUCCAGACUCCGGGCCCCACUCUCACCUUCCAUAAUCUCCGCUACAGCAUCAAGGAACGAUUAGGAAUGUUUAGUAUGCAGUGGGUUGAAAAGGACAUACUCAAAGAUGUCAGUGGCAUCAUGAACCCAGGAAUGAAUGCGAUUAUGGGCCCUACUGGAAGUGGGAAGACAUCGCUUCUGGAUGUCAUUGCAGGACGGAAAGAUCCUAGGGGAUUAAAAUCAGGCCAGGUUCUAGUUGACAACACCAUUGUGACCUCUGACCUCAGACUCUGCUCUGCUUAUGUAGUUCAGAAUGACAUUCUGAUGGGAACUCUGACCGUAAGAGAGAACUUGGCCUUCUCUGCCAAUCUUCGCUUGUCACGCAAAGAGUAUUCCUCAGCUGACAAACAGAUGAGGGUCGACUCCGUCAUCCAGGAGCUUGGCCUGAAUGAUUGCGCAGAUACUAAGAUUGGGACAAUGUUUUUGCGUGGUGUUUCUGGUGGAGAGAAGAAGAGGUGCAGCAUCGGGAUGGAGCUCAUCACGGCCCCCUCCCUCCUGUUCCUGGAUGAGCCCACCACAGGCCUGGAUGCCAACACUGCCAACUCCAUCAUGGAACUGCUGCAGAAGCUCUCCAAAAAGGGUAAGACUGUCAUCUUCUCCAUUCACCAGCCGCGCUACUCCAUCUUCAGCCAGUUUGACCACCUCACACUCAUAAAUAAAGGAGAAAUCACCUACGCAGGGGCCGCCAACAGAGCCAUUAGCUACUUUGAGGACUUGGGUUACAAGUGUGAGCCAUUCAACAACCCGGCAGACUUCUUCCUGGAUGUCACGAAUGGAACAGUCCUUCCUCAAAUACACAACAAUAAAUCAGAGAAGUGUAGCAACAGCGAUGAGAUGGUGGAGAAUGAUAACCCUCUGGCGGUGAUUUACAGAAAGUCCCCUAAUUUCCUCAAUGUAAAAGACAGACUCACUCAUAUUUCAGAUGCGCUUGACCCUGAGGUCACUAAAGGUGACAGGGUUGGGUACGCCACACCUUUCUAUUACCAGCUCAUGUUGGUGAGUGGCCGCACCAUCAGAAACAUCUUGAGGAAUCCUCAGACGUCUUAUGCCCAACUGUUCCUCAACAUUUUCUUUGGUAUUUUAGUGGGACUUAUCUACUACCAGAUCCCACACACUUUACCAGAGGCUCUACAGAACAGAACGGGAGCUUUCUUUUUCCUAGUCAUUAACAUGGUGUUUGGCAAUCUGUCCGCGGUGGAGCUCUUCAUCAGUGAGAGAGUGCUCUUCAUCCAUGAGAACUCGAGUGGUUUCUACCGCACCUCUGUCUACUUCCUGUCCAAAGUGUUUGCUGACCUCCUACCAAACCGCAUCCUCCCCGUCUUCAUCUUUUCUGCCAUCCCAUACUUCAUGAUGGGCCUGAAGCCUGAUGUGGAGGUGUUCUUCCUGUACUGUGUGACCCUGAGUAUGGUCAGUCUGUCAGCGGUGAGCUUGGCCUUCCUGGUCAGCGCUAGUGUGGGCUCCUUCGCUAUGGCUAACAUCCUCAUCGCACUGCCUUAUGUGGUAAUGAUGGUGUUUGGGGGUUUCCUAGUAAACCUGAAUUCGAUGCUGAGCUGGAUGUCCUGGCUGAAGUGGGCCAGUAUAUUCCGAUAUGGCUACAACGCACUUGCCAUCAUCGAGCUAAAAGGUCAAGUCUUUACCAGUAACUACACCAGCAUGACAGGUGACAUGUAUCUGGAUCAUCAAGAGAUCGACUACAGCCUUUGGGGCUUCUGGCAGAACCAGGUAGCACUGACAGGCAUUAUGUGCGUGUGUCUGAUUCUUUCUUAUGUGCAGCUGCGUCGGAUCAAUCGCUGGAAGUGAAGGAAUGACACCAGUUGUCACUUAUGUUUUUUUAAUUUUGAACCCUGUGCAUCAUGAAAUCACAUGUACAGAGAAAUGUGUCAGUCACAGAAUCCACAACAACAACAAAAAAGCCAAAUUGUGUUUAGUGUUUAUUGCCAAAGAAUCAUUGCAACACAUUCAAAGUGAAGGGAGACUGAUGUGAUUGCAUCAUUCUUAGAGAGUUGUUGCUCCUGCAGAGUUAACGGGAAUCACAAUGGCACUAGCAACAGAUCUUUUCUUGCAUAGUGCAACAUAAUCAGCAAAAACUGGUUUUAUGCGUCGAGAUAUGGAGGCUGCAUUCCAGCAGAGAGCUGAAAUCUGCCUUUCUUUUUGCUAAGCGUGGCAAAUUCAGCAAACAAAUCUUCAUGGGUGGCUUUUUCAUCCUUACACAAAACCCCUAAGCCGUGUUCACAAAACAUUUUAUCUUACCACUAAGAGUUCUCCUAAAUAGCAGUAAAAGUUUUUAGCUAAGAGUUUUCUCUUUAAACCUAUUCAAAAAGCUGCCGAGACAAACUUUUACUAAGGAAUAGAGAGAAGUCUUAAGCUAAAAGGAUAUGAUGCAUGAUGUCAUCGUGCGUACGAACUACACACACAGUGAUUGGCUGAUAGUAUCUGUCAGAGAUUGUUUUGUGAAUAUGGGCUCUGAUCUUAAGGAUUUCUUUUGAAAUUACUGAAUUUAGAAAUCUCACAGAACAAUAGUAAAUGUGACUGCAUCUUAAGAAAGAGGCAUGUUUUAAGCAAACUAAAUGAUUGGAAAAGUCCAGGUACGUCACCAGAAAGACAUUGAAAAUUACAAGGGCAACAGUUUUAUGCACAAGUAAUAAUAGACAAAUCAAAUGGCGUUUUAACUUCCAGAGCUGAUCAACUGACAGAAAGGGGUUUGAAAAACUUCUGAAAUCACAGAGCAUGGGGUUGGAGUUGGUUUUAUUUUAAUAAUAAAAAAAAAAAAAGGCUCAGACUGAACAGUGUGAAGCACAAGGAUAAAAUCGGACAUUUCGGUAGCAGUGACAGGUCAAUCAGUGACGGGCAUCAGUUAGUGGGAUCAAAUGAAGAAUGUCACCAUCACUUCCCCUUAAGAUCAUUAAUAGACAAAAUGACAGUUAAAGAGAAUCGACUUCUAUUAGGACCAAAAAUGUCACCCAUUAAAAACA